AUGGCAUUCAGGGCAAAGGCCGAUGUGUGGAUGGCAGGGUCCUGGCUGUCUCUGCGAGGGCCACGGGCACUGGGCACCAGAGCUGCUCUGGCGCCCAAGGCGGUGCUGCCCUUCGAAGCCAUACCCCAGAGUCACAGCAACAACUGGAUGAGGACACUGCAGAUCUGGAAGGAGCAGGGCUAUGAGAACCUUCACCUGGAGAUGCAUCAGAACUUCCAGGAGCUGGGGCCCAUUUUCAGGUAUGACAUAGGAGGAACACGGACGGUGUCUGUGAUGCUACCGGAGGACGUGGAGAGGCUGCAGCAGGUGGAGACUCUGCACCCCCGCCGGAUGCUCCUGGAGCCCUGGCUGGCCUACAGACAACACCGAGGGCACAAAUGUGGCGUGUUCUUGCUGAACGGGCCCGAAUGGCGGUUCAACCGAUUGCGGCUAAACCCAUAUGUGCUAUCACCAAAGGCCGUCCAGAAGUAUAUUCCCAGGGUGGAUAUGGUGGCAAGGGAUUUCUCCCAGGCCCUGAAGGAGAAGGUGCUACAGAAUGCCCGGGGCAGCCUGACCCUGGACAUCCAGCCCAGCAUCUUCUACUACACCAUAGAAGCCAGCAGCUCAGCACUUUUUGGAGAGCGACUGGGCCUCCUGGGCAGUAACCCCAGCCCUGCCAGCCUGAAGUUCACUCAUGCCCUGGAGGCCAUGUUCAAAUCCACCGUACAGCUCAUGUUCGUGCCCAGGAGCCUGUCCCGCUGGACCAGCACCAAGACGUGGGAGGAGCAUUUUGAGGCCUGGGACUACAUCUUCCAGUAUGGUGACAAUUGCAUCCAGAAAGUCUAUCUUGAGCUGGCAGGUGGCUGCCCUCCUCAACACUGUAGCAGUGUCCUAGCAGGGCUGUUGUUGCAUGGAGACUUGUCACUAGAUGCCCUCAAGGCCAAUGCCAUGGACCUCAUUGCGGGGAGCACGGACACGACCUCCUUCCCCUUGCUGAUGACACUCUUUGAGCUGGCUCGCAACCCCGACGUGCAGCAGGCCCUUCGCCAGGAGAGCCUGGCAGCCCAGGCCGCCAUCACUGACAAUCCCCAGAGGGCAUUGGUGGAGCUGCCCCUGCUGCGGGCCGCCCUCAAGGAGACCCUGAGGCUCUACCCGGUGGGCCUCAUCCUGGAGCGACUCCUGCCCUCAGACAUGGUGCUGCAGAACUACCAUAUCCCAGCUGGGACACUGGUCCAGGUGUUCCUCCAUUCGCUGGGUCGCCACUCUGCCUCCUUCCCGAGGCCAGAGCGCUAUGAGCCCCAGCGCUGGCUAGAGGUCAAGGAUUCCAGCACAAACUUCCGCCACGUGGCCUUUGGCUUUGGUGUGCGCCAAUGCCUGGGACGGCGCCUGGCAGAGGUGGAGAUGCUGCUCCUGCUGCACCACGUGCUGAAAAACUUCCUGGUGGAGACACUAAACCAAGAGGAUAUAAAGAUGGUGUACCGCUUCAUGUUGAUGCCCAGCACCUUCCCUGCACUUACUUUCAGGGCCAUCAGCUAG